CUCACUCAGACCCAUCUGGACUAAUAGAAGGCUGGUGGGACAACAGGGGGAGGUUUCACACUCUCUCACUCUCCGUCCUGGCCCACCCACUUCCCCACUCUCUCUCUCGCUCUCUGGCUUGCAUUCGGGUGCCUCCAGUGCGCACGGUAGAGUCCACGCACGCACGGGAGCAUGGCAGCUACCCACGGCGAGUACAGAGGCUACCUGCGCAGCACCAUGGACGUGGAGGCCGCCCAGCAACGCUUCCAGCCGGUGGCCAGCUCGGAGCCCUCGCACCGGCCGCUCCUGUUCGGCACCCUGGCGGUCAUGGGAUUGCUCCAGGUGGCCUCCAGCGUGGCUAUCCUGUUGCACCUUACGGGCUACCUACAGGAGGUGGAUUUGACCACUGCUCCACAUCGACCAAUCGAGGAAGUGCAGACAGACAGACCGGUCCUGAACGCGCUGAGAGACACCAGUAAGAACCGAUUCAAAAACCCAAAGGACAAGCCCCCAUCUGCCCACCUCCCCAUCAAGGAGUAUCAGGAGUUCUCUAAGAAGGGUGAGCCAAAGGCCAUCACCAUCGACUGGGACGAGGUGCGCGGGUACCGCCACAGGAUGAACUACGAAAAGGGCAAACUUCUCGUGGUCAAGUCGGGCUUCUACUACGUUUACGCCAAGACCUGCUUCCGCUACUACAAGUAUGUCCCGGAGGACGGCGGGCAGGGCGGCGGAGGGCCCUCGGUGGACGUGAGCAACACGCAGCUCAUCCAGUACAUCUACCACGAGAGGAUCAAGCAGAACAGCAAAGUGGACCUGCUGAUGAAGACGGGCAGCACCAUGCGCUGGGACAACACCAGCUACAACAUGUACUGCGCCCAGCAGGGCCGAGGCCUCUGGCUUGAUCAGGGUGACGCCUUGUUUGUCACCGUGUCCAACGCUUGGAUGCUGGACCCGGAGGGAGUAGGGACGUACUUUGGCGCCGUAAAGUUGGGCAACUGACAAGGUCGACGUGUGGGACGCCACCAUGCUACUGAAGUGACGCAAAAGGAACCACUGAUAGUGACUUAGAAAAAAAAAAACAUUUGAUAGUUUUUUACCACAUAGCCUUUGAGUCCAAACUCUGGACAAAACCACCCUCAACCCGGUCCAAAGUAGCACUGGAUUCUUGAAAGGUAUUCCUGCGCCUGGUAUUCAUUAAGACUGCAUGUUCAUUGGUUGUUUGUUUGUCUGCACCGGUGAUACAAACAAAGGAAGUGAGUGAGGAGCGCAUUGGCAAAAGGAGAUGGGUGUCAUCAUGGAAACAUUGAAACUGACGCAGCAUCUGUUUGUACUUUAACACCAGCGGGAUGAAAUCACAUGACCAAAGUAAUCCCUCAACCACAGCUGUCAAUGUUUUCCAGAAAAAGGUUGCCGUUGGUGUGAACGAGGCGGGGGCGUGAUGAGGCGUCUUCGCGACGGCUACGUUUACAUGGACAAUGUUGAUCCCCCGCCCCCUAAAAAAGCUGCGACAACACUAUUCCAUGUUUACUUCAAGCAUCGUGUGUUGAAACUCACUGGUAUCUAAGUUUUAGUUUGUAAUCCAUCCCAAAAAGGUCAGACAAAAGCAAAUCGUGCAGAAAAACGGAAACAUCUAAAUAAUAAGUUUGACACAAAAUCUGCAUGCAAAACACAUCAAGAGGAGCCAGAUGAGGUGGUUCGGGCAUCUGGUCAGGAUGCCACCCGAACGCCUCCAUAGGGAAGUGUUUAGGGCACGUCCAACCGGUAGGAGGCCACGGGGAAGACUAUGUCUCCCGGCUGGCCUGGGAACGCCUCGGGAUCCCCCGGGAAGAGCUGGACCAAGUGCCUGGAGAGAGGAAAGUCUGGGCUUCCCUGCUUAGGCUGCUGCCCCCGCGACCCAACCUCAGAUAAGCAGAAGAUGGAUGGAUGGAAAACACAUCUUAUACAGAAUAAUUACAUAAUGACAGAUAAAAUCGAUAAGUGAAUAUUUUAGCUACAUGACUGUUGUUCGCAAAGAUGGUGAAGAGAAAUAACCCAUUUUGCUGUUCAGUAGAUAAUUCUCAACGUGGGCACUGUACUUCGUAAUGCGGAAUGUUUGACUGCACGAUUAACUAGCCUCCAUAUGAAAACCGUGGGCAAACUUUAGGCAAAAGCAUUCGCCUCAAACCGAAUCAUACGAAAAAUGGGGCGUACCAAAUCAGAAGUACCGCUGUACUGUACGUUAUUAGCUGUAGGGAUAGGUACCAAAUCAAGUAUUCUUUUUGGCACCAAUUCACGUGAUGGUGCCUUAUCACGGUACCUGGGUUGCGCAUGACAUCACGCCUGGUUGCUGACUCAGCCGGUUCUUCGCACUUUGGCCCUUGGCAAUCACUCCAGCAGCACAAAGUAAUUAACUCAAAAUGUCUCAACGUAAGUAAAAUAAGGCUCCGCUUUUCUAAAUUGUGCUAGCUUGAUGCUAAUACAUUGGCUUUGCUAUUGACAUCCUACUGUUUGGCAUUAGUGAUUUUUCAUGGCGAUUUUCGACAUGUCCACAUUUUUAAAUAAAAACUACAACUAAGAUGCAUGUUACAAAUAUAACAGCUGGUGCGUAAGUACAAUACUUACACUAUUAACACUUUUUAGGUCGCAACAAAAUACAACAACUAUGGACUACUGUCAUCGAACAUCUUUAACAGCUUGAAGUCAUACUUGCAAAUGAUAAUAUAAACAUAAUGAAAGAAGAUAUAACAACUGGACAGCAAUUAUAAUCAGCUCAUGUUUAAAUAUUGCAAUAAAAAUGUAAUUGAAUUACCAAAAACAAUUAUUAAUUAAUACACACACAAAAGUAAAGAAAUUGAUAUCGUUGAUUAUCGGUAUCAUUUCCCAGACACCAGGAAUUGGUCCUGUAUUGGUUCAACUCUGAACGGUACCCAUCCCUAAUUAGCUGUAACCAAUGUCAGGCUCUUCACCCCUCAGAGAACCAGGACCACAUGAACUGCGUUGGCAUCUCCAUUUUACAUCCUUUCACGAUGCAAAAUGCUUACAUAUUAGCAGCAUGUUUUCAAUAAAGUCUAGCAUCACAAACUCAAAUAAUUAAAAAUGACGUGUAAAACAUUUGUGCCGCCAUAACGAAUCUUGGGAAAUGCGAUGCAUACUGACACAAACAAAACGGGGGAAAACAAAGCUGCAUUUGAAGGCUCAUUCCAAUUGUUGUGAUGACAAAUGCCUUCAAAAGUAGGAUGCAAUCCUUUGAACUUGGGGACACAGCAAUUAUCUCCGAACAUGAAGCAGAACUAUUCCAUCAUAAAGUAAGUCCAGAAGCGUGUCUUCUUUUUAGCGGUCAUUGGGUUUGGGAUUUGAACAUCUUUUGCCAAAUGUCACUUAACAGCAAAACCGACAAACAACAAAAACAGUACUGGUGGAUUCAAGGAGCCUGACUCAUUUCAUUGUGGUUCAGGGCUUUUACGUCAGGGUUAUCCUGAUUGGGUGGGAAUCGCAAUAUUCAGGUCCAUGUAAACGUAGCCUGCCGCGUUUUCAUCAGCACCGCUGGAAUGAGCUGGUCAUUGGAUUCGACGUUUUAGCGUCACAAGUGUACUCAUGUCCAUCUUUUGACAUUUUGACUGCAUUUUCGACAAACAUGGUUGCUUCUACGUGUGACGGUCAACAAGCGAUGCAGAUAGCUGGCCUGUCUGUCCUUGAUUGACACGAGAGAAGAAAAAAAAGACUCUUUUACAAAGUGGAACCAAAUUGACUUUGGUUUCAUCUUUAACUUAAUUUUGGUUUUCAUUUGGCUCUCCAUUGAGGUAAAUGGGAAUAUGCACUAACUAUUUAUUUAUUAGCCAUAGAAGUACAGAGGCGGGUCAUUGAUACAGUGGCCUUUCGGCUGUAAAAGAAAACCAAACAAAAACAUAAAAAAACAAUAAGUCAUGUAUAUAUUCUUUUUGUCUGUACACCAUUCAUAAUGCAGCACUUAGGAAAUAGUAGGCACGCUUUUUUGUUAAAAGAAAAAACACAGGGGCUUCAUUUUCUAAUUCCAUAUUUAUGUAUCUCAGUUCUGACAAUUGUGUCGCCUCGUUAGAAGCAAUAUGAAUUUAUUGUUCAUCCGCAAAGAUUGUAGCAUACCUGAUUUCUACAGACAGAUGUUUUUUGUUUUUGUUUUAAUUUAUGUUUGUGUAUGUUUUAAUAAAAAUACUACUUUUGUAAUAUA